AUGGACAAUCACAAGAAGUUGCAGACAGAAACUCAGUCGCAGUGCUGCUGUUUACUGCUGGUCUCUGAAGACAAUCACCAACUCUUCUGUCAGGUUGUCGGAGAUAAAGUUUUGGAAGAGGAAAUCAGUUUUCCGCUUAUGUUCGGUCGCUUUGGGCAGGUGGUGGAGACAAAGAAAUCCAUUACACUACAGGACGUCAGCCAGGAGGAACGCGGGUUAUUGAGCAGUCUGUUGGGGUUCGAGCCGAACUCGAUGCUUUGCGUUCCUGUUAUCAGUCAAGCCACUGGACAGGUGGUGGCGCUAGCGUGUACCUUCAACAAACUGAGCGGACAGAGGUACAUGGAGGCGGAUGAGCAUGUGAUCCAGCACUGUUUCUGUUACACGUCGACGGUUCUCACCAGCACACUGGCCUUCCAGAAAGAGCAGAAACUCAAGUUCGAGUGUCAGGCUCUGCUGCAAGUGGCUAAAAACCUCUUCACGCACCUCGAUGACGUGUCUGUAUUACUGCAGGAGAUCAUCAUCGAGGCCAGAAACCUGAGCAACGCUGAGAUUUGUUCUGUGUUCCUGUUGGAUCACUUCAGUCAUGAGCUCGUGGCCAAAGUGUUCGAUGGAGGAGUCGUGAACGAUGACGAGAAGGAGUUUCGUAUCCCGGCGGAUCAGGGCAUCGCUGGUCAUGUCGCUACCACUGGGAAAAUCCUCAACAUCAAGGAUGCGUAUUCCCACCCUCUGUUUUACCGCGGUGUGGACGACAGCACGGGCUUCAGGACGAGAAACAUCCUCUGCUUCCCCAUCAAAGAUGAGAACGAAGAGGUGAUCGGUGUGGCAGAACUGGUGAAUAAAACCAACGGCCCGUGGUUCAGUCGUUUCGAUGAGGAUCUGGCAACCGCGUUCUCCAUCUACUGCGGCAUCAGCAUCGCUCAUUCUCUGCUGUAUAAGAAGGUCCAUGAGGCUCAGUUCCGCAGUCAUCUGGCCAAUGAGAUGAUGAUGUACCACAUGAAGGUGUCAGAGGAGGAGGUCACUAAACUCCUGCACAGCGGCAUCGAGCCGGUCCAGAAAAUCCACCCGGACUUCUCUGAGUUCACGUACACGCCGCGCUCUCUGCCCGACGACAGCACUCCGAUGGGCGUCCUGAGCAUGUUUGAAGACAUGGGCGUCAUCAACACCUAUAAGAUCAACCUGCAGACUUUAGCCAGGUUUUGUCUGAUGGUGAAGAAGGGCUACAGAGAUCCUCCGUAUCACAACUGGAUGCAUGCCUUCUCCGUCUCACACUUCUGUUAUCUGCUUUACAAGAACCUACAACUGUCUAACUACCUCGAAGAUAUAGAGAUUCUGGCGCUCUUCGUGUCCUGCAUGUGUCACGAUCUGGACCAUCGAGGAACCAACAACUCCUUCCAGGUGGAUUCGCACUGAUCUAGUGUCUUGUGUGUGCUUGUGUUUCAGAGACAUCACUUCGCUCAGGCCAUCGCCAUCCUCAACACACAAGGCUGCAACAUCUUUGAGAAGUUCUCCAGAAAGGACUAUCAGCGGAUGCUGGAUCUGAUGAGAGACAUCAUCCUGGCCACAGAUCUGGCUCAUCACCUGAGGAUCUUCAGGGACCUGCAGAAGAUGGCUGAUGCUGGUUAUAACCCGAGGAGUCAAGCCCAUCGCAGUCUGCUGCUGUGCCUCCUCAUGACCUCCUGUGACCUCUCAGACCAGACCAAGGGCUGGAAAACCACCAGGAAGAUCGCGGAGCUGAUCUAUAAAGAGUUCUUCUCUCAGGGGGAUCUGGAGAAGGCGAUGGGAAACAGACCCAGUGAGAUGAUGGACCGUGAGAAAGCCUACAUCCCUGAACUCCAGAUCAGCUUCAUGGAGCACAUCGCCAUGCCAAUAUACAAGCUCCUGCAGGAGAUUUUCCCACGUUCGGCCGAGCUUUACGAGCGCGUGGCCGCCAACCGCGAGCAGUGGGCCAAAGUCUCGCACAAGUUCACCAUCCGCGGACUACCGAGCAACAACUCGCUGGACUUUCUGGACGAGGAAUUCGAGCUGCUGCAGUCUCAAGGCGCCUUCGGAGAUGAUUCGCAUCGCAUGAACGGUUGCCUGGACGACGAGUGCGACAAACACGACCAAUGACGUCGCUAGGGCAGAGGUCACCUGACGGAUUGUGUCUUGGUAAAAUUCCGUAGUUACCGACGAGGCUUUGAGGAAAGGUUCGUUGUCUCCUUUUUGCCGUUUUGCACGAUGAAGGACGAUGGAUGGUGCUGCGCAGUCGGCGGAGUGUGUAAUGUUACGCAGACAUUUGGACUGAAAAAGUUAUAUUCUCAGUGGCCCCGUUGUAAUAG